GGUCGGUCGGGCACCCGCUUCCGUCGGCGCCAUCUUUAUUAAAGCCUCGGUCGGACGGUCGGAGCGACGGCGGGUCGAGAUGGUGGCUUUCUGGCGGCAGGCUGGCCUCAGUUACAUCCAGUAUUCUCGGAUUUGUGCACAAGCAGUCCGGUCUGCCUUUAAACAGCAGCACCAGGCAGCAGCCCAGAAAUCGGGAGAAACAAGCGUCAAAGUCAUCAAACCUAAGAAGUCCUAAUGUGAUCCCGUGAAGUCCCAGGAAGCUGUGCUUUUGAAUAUGUGAGCACUCUUCAUCAAGCCCUUGUUCGGAAUUUCGUGUCAAAACUGCAUAUCUAUCAUACUGUAAAUCUAAUUUCUGAGGAGAUGGUGUUGUAAAGCACAUUAAAACAGCAUGUGCUUCUGCAGAUUAUGGAGUCUGUGUCUGUCCAAUCAGUGUCAAUGCAAUCUGAAACUGAAUUUGGCGUGUGCUUGUCACUGUACCACAUAAAUAGUUCUGUUGUUAUGCUAUGGUUUGACAAAUAAAAUAUUUAAAGAUGUA